AUGUCCACUUCUGCCUCCAGCGAUCUGGAGGGAGGCAAAGCCGUCGACCUCCACAAGACCAUCAAGACAACAUGGAAGGGCAAGAUCUGGGACACGUUUGACUUGCCGCGCGAUGAGCGCAAGCUCCUUGCCAAGGUUGACAUGUUCCUCCUUACCUUUGCCUCACUCGGCUACUUCAUCAAGAACCUUGACCAAUCCAAUGUCAACAACGCAUUCCUGUCCGGCAUGGAAGAAGACCUGGCCAUGUACGGCAACCAGCUCGUCACCUCGACCUCCAUCUGGACAGUUGGCUACGUGAUCGGCCAGAUUCCUUCCAACCUCAUCCUUACACGCGUGUCACCUCGCUGGGUGAUUCCUUCUCUGGAGCUUGGAUGGGGUAUCUGUACCCUCGCUACAUACAGGGUCAACAGCUACAAGUCCCUCUACGCCCUUCGUUUCUUCGUCGGCCUGUUUGAGUCUGGCUUCUACCCCGGCAUUCACUACCUCAUCGGUGGCUGGUACACUCCCCGCGAGAUCGGAAAGCGUGCUAUGAUCUUCUGGCUCGCAGGAUCGAUUGGCACAAUGUUUUCCGGUUUCCUUCAGGCCGCUGCCUACACCAACCUUUCCGGCGUCGGAGGGUUGGAGGGUUGGCGCUGGCUGUUUAUCAUCGAUGCCAUCAUCACCAUCCCCAUUGCGCUCUUCGGUUAUAUCUUCCUCCCCGGUAUCCCCCUCCAAGACAAGAAGGAGUGGUGGCUUACCGAGGAACAACACCAGCUUGCCAUCUCCCGCCUCAACCAGGUUGGUCGUGCUGGCCGUAGUCCGUGGUCAAAGGCAAAGGUUCGCAAGCUCUUCUCAACAUGGCACAUCUACAUCCUUCCCUUCCUCUAUGUCAUUUGGAACAACGGAUACCCUCAGAACCCGAUGGGUUACUACCUCAAGAGCUUCAACAAGACCCCCGCCCCGGUCCCCGGUCGCAGCUACACUGUGUCACAAAUCAACAAUCUGCCCCUCCCUGCUACGGGUAUCUUCAUUGUGGUGUCGCUGGUUUACGCUUGGCUGUCAGACGGUCCUCUGCGUGGUCGCCGUUGGCCCUUCAUUUACGUCGGUGCCGCCUCGGCCCUCGCCAUCGCUAUCCCUCUCCGCGUCCUCCCGCUCUACAAUAAUAUCCCUGGCCACUUUGCCCUCUACUACCUGGUUUCCAUUGGCCAAGGUGCCGGACCUCUCAUCUUAUCCUGGAUCAACGAGAUCUGUAGCCAAGACACUGAAAAACGUGCUCUCCUCGUUGCCAUGGGUAACGAUUUUGCCUACGUCGUGCAAGCCGUCGGUCCCAACUUCUACUGGAAGACCACAGACUUCCCAGCCGCACGCAAGGGUUUCACUGCCGUCAUCGUCUUCCAAAUCCUUCUCGUCAUCUGGACCACCCUCAUCCUGUACCUCCUCAAGCGCGACAAGCGCAAGGGUGGCGACGCGGACUCCUUUGUCAGCGACGAGGACGUUGAUGUUGUCACCACCCUCGAGACUCCGACCAGCGUUGACAAGAACUUUGAUGACCUUCACAAGCCGUGA